ACUGCUCGUUUUGGUGCUGUGAGAUUCUGCCAAGACCAGCUUCGCCAACGCGUGGACGUCAACUCCACAGCCCCUCCAUAGCAGCCAAGCACGCAUUCCGCGAAUUGCCCGCAGACACUCCCUCACCCCUUGUCUUUUCCUUUGCAUAGUAAACCACUGCGGACAGAAUGGCGGAUGUUCCAAUAGUUCUCGACGGCGGUACCGGUUUCCUCAAGGCAGGCUAUGCAGGACAGAACUUCCCCGACCACCAGUACCCCUCAAUAGUCGGCCGCCCGAUCCUGCGAUCCGAAGAGCGAGAUGGAGACAUCGUGGUCAAGGACAUUAUGUGCGGAGAUGAGGCGGCGGCAGCCCGCUCGAUGCUUCAGAUCACCUACCCUAUGGAGAACGGCAUCGUGAAGCGAUGGGACGACAUGCAACAUCUCUGGGACUACACUUUCUUCGAGAAGAUGCGCGUGGACCCGACCGGCCGCAAAAUCCUCCUCACCGAGCCGCCGAUGAACCCUCUGAGGAACCGCGAGCAGAUGUGCGAGGUCAUGUUUGAGCGCUAUGGGUUUGGCGGAGUGUACGUGGCCAUACAAGCGGUCCUGGCCCUGUACGCUCAGGGUCUAUCUUCGGGAGUAGUCGUCGAUUCAGGUGACGGUGUUACUCACAUCGUCCCCGUCUACGAAAGCACCGUCCUCAACCAUCUCACACGGCGCCUGGAUGUGGCGGGCAGAGAUGUUACGCGGAAUCUGAUCGCGCUGCUGCUGCGAAGAGGCUACGCUCUCAACCGAACGGCUGAUUUCGAGACUGUCCGGCAAAUCAAGGAAAAGCUCUGCUACGUCUCAUACGACCUUGAAUUGGAUCAACGCCUUAGCGAAGACACGACAGUUCUGGUGGAAUCCUACACGCUCCCCGACGGCCGUGUCAUCCGAGUUGGCAGCGAGCGCUUCGAAGCUCCCGAGUGUCUGUUCCAGCCGCAUCUUGUGGACGUUGAGCAGCCCGGCAUCGCCGAGUUUCUUUUCAACACUAUCCAAUCCGCAGAUGUGGAUGUGAGGAGCAGUCUGUACAAGGCUAUUGUGCUAAGUGGUGGGAGCAGCAUGUACCCCGGUCUGCCUAGCCGGCUAGAGAAGGAACUGAAGCAGCUAUGGCUUACCAAGGUACUGGGUGGAAACCCGGAGCGACUAAAUAAAUUCAAGGUCCGCAUUGAGGAUCCACCAAGGCGUCGACACAUGGUUUUCCUCGGCGGUGCUGUGCUGGCCAAUAUUAUGGCGGACAAGGAGAACAUGUGGAUAUCAAAACAAGAGUGGGAGGAGCAGGGCGCCCGCGCCUUGGAGAAGCUUGGUGCGAGAUGAUGAGAAGCCGAAAACGGGUGGAGAAACUAGAGUUCAGUAUAGAGGGUAGGCUACUGGCUUCUGGCGGUCAGAACUGACGACU